AUGGCGACAUGUGAUGGUGUUGUGGGAUCUCGCUUGCUCCAAGCGAUCGACAUGGGUCGCCGAGGCACCAUGCCGACCUCUGAGAGGCCACAGACGCUAGAGGUGGGCGGAGCACGAUCUUCGAGGUCGUGCCGUCGCUUGGCUCCGUCAGUAGCAACAGUUUGCUCCAUCGCAGAAUGUGGUCUCCUGUUCUGUCGCUUGCCCUGCUCGCCUUCGUCUGCCACUCAGCCUUGGCUGCCCAGACUCUGCCUGACAAGUUCUACGGCAACUUCGUCCUCGACCACUCCGAGAACUUCGAUGAGUAUCUCACUGCCAAAGGUGUGUUUUCUGUUUCAAACUAUCGCUGGUUAUAAAACUUUUUUUCCUGUUAGAAUGGGACAGAGUUCUAAACGGGACUAUCAAGAACUUAUUUGACGAAAGAUUCAAGCUCUCGAAAAAAUCCGAAGCGCUAAUAUCCUCCAUUCAACGCCAUCUAAGAAAUGAUUCUACAUUUUUCGAUUUUUCUAAGCUUUGCUGUGUACCUCAAGCCAGCGGUGUAUAAAGUAUGACCUCUUCUUAUUAGAAUAACAGCCGUCUGGUCUGCUUGUUCUUGAUGUCUUCUUGGUCGACCUUUUCUAUAAAUAGGCUCACAAUGUAUGAACAUUGAAGAAAAGCCCAAAAAAAACGCGUUGUUUUAUGAUAAUAAAAAUUCCUGCUCUGCCACAAUGGAAAUUUUUCAAGGCUACUCAUGGCUAACUCGGAAAAUCGUCACUUUCGCCACCUUCAAGAAGCAGUUCAAGAAGACGUCUGACCCCAAGAAGUUCGACUACGCCAACCUCACCUCAAAGAAGGACGUCCACUACAAGGACAUCUCUCUCGAAACUCCCUUCGUCGGCGAAGGACUCGACGGAAAGCAGCACGAGGUAAUUCCAAAGGUUUUUUCUUUGAUAAAACUUCGGUUCAGGUCACCUUCUCUUUGAAAAACGGCCAUCUUUUCGAACACCACAAGCCCAAGGAGGAGGGCGGCGAGGCCAAAGAAGAAACCUACGAGUACCUUUUCGAAGGAGACUUCCUCCUUGUGGUAAAUUUGAUACAAAAAAACUUUGGAAAAAUUUUGAAAAUUUCAGCGCAUGACCUACAACAACGUCGAAGGACGCCGUUACUACAAGCGCGAGAACUAA